AUGUUGAUUUUGUUCCGUUGCUCUCCGACCUGCCGCCAGGACGAAGCGCGGAGGCUCGCGGAGCGUAAAGCGAUUGCAGCUGCUGAGGAGGAGCGCCGCAGGAUGGGGAAAAGCAAAGACGGGGGUGGAAGGACAGGGGGUGAGGAGAAGAACUAUGGAGGGUCGAGCCGCAAGGGGGGCAGCGGUGGUGGCGAGGGAGGAGACAAGGACGAUGACAACGCUGGGGGGUCGGGCCGCGAGGGAGGAAUGGGUGGUGGCAAGGGCGGCGAGGAGGAUGACGAUAACGAUCCGGAUGAUGGCGGGGGACAACCGUCAGGAGGAGGUGGUCAAAAGGGGGGCGGGGAUCCGCAAGGAAUGGGGGGCGGUAAGGCGGAAGAUGGUGACAGGGAUGGCCCCGCAGCUGGCGAGAACGAGAAGAAGGUUCGGGCGUUUCUUCGGAGGGUGAAAAUUCGUCGAGACAUGGCCGUCCGCCGCGAGGCUAAGGGGGACAUGGGCGUGGGCGUCGGUACUCGCUUUCACACCGGUAGUUGGGAGGGAAGCGGAGGGGGGUAUGAGACCAUUUUUAAGGUGAAUUUGGAUGACGAGUUCUUGACGGCGUCAUACGACGUCCACAUGGACGGGGAGACGACAGAAAAAACCUUCCCCUCGAAGCAAGUUGAGGACGCCGUAUGGUAUGCUAAAAGACUUCACCAGAGGGCACCAUCCGGGGGGGGAGAGAAGGACUCUAAGCAAGCGGGCGGUGGGUCAAGCGGGGGAAAACAAUGCAAGGGUGGGGAUGCUUCUGGACCUCACGGUAGUCCGGGAGUGGAUGGCACGACGAAUAAUGAACGGAACUCCGAACGGGAUGAGGGGUCCGAUAAAGAAGGUAGUGGGAAUGGUGGCGGCGACAACAAACGGAAGCAUGGGUCGGCGGGGGAUGGGAAGCGGAAGCGGCGGUCGGCGGGCCGCAGGGAGCAGUCGGGAGCGGGCGAUGGGACGGGCGAAGGAGGGGGUGGGCGUGGUCCCGGUUGGGAAGAUGACCCGGACAAGGAAGAUGACCCGGAUAAGGACCCAAGCUCGGGGGACGACGAAAACAAGGAGAAGUAA